AUGAAUAAAAAUGAACUAAAGAAGAAGACAAGCAUUAACCAUCUUGGAAAAAGGGUGACUUUGGCAGCAAUAGAGACUAAACCAGAGAAAUGCGCAUGUUGCUCUCAAACGCAUAGGAUUUAUGCAUGUAAAAAGUUUAAGGACCUGCCCCAGUCAGAACGUUUUAACGUUGUACGGUCUGCUCGGAUGUGUUUCAAUUGUUUGAGUUCAUAUCAUAUGGCACCCCAGUGUCAAUCGAAUUCCACUUGUCAAGUUUGCAGAGUACACAGAGGGAAACCUCAGGAUGAGGACGAUCUAGUUAACAGCGAGCAAUCUGGUAGCGAUUCAAUACAAGCUCAUUCGUACAUAGCAGCCAGACCUAAGCGUAGCCAUAUAUUUCUAUCAACUACUGAAGUAUUGGUGACUGACAGUAAGGGCUGCAAACGUAAAUGCAGAGCAGUCUUGGACAGUGGGUCCAUGAUAAACUUUGCUGCCAGAAGUCUUUUAAGCGCACUGCAACUUCCUACAAGGAAAACUGAACUGCCAAUCAGAGGUGUGGGAGCAAGUCAAAUCCAGUCCGUAGCACUAGUAAACAUUCAAGUGGGUUCAAGGGUUUUACGUGUUACCAAAAGUGGUAGGCGAUCUCCCUUCAUGUCCAAUACCAAGGGGUGGCUGGGACAUCCCUCAGGAUUUAAUAUCCAAAUUAGCAGAUACCAAGUUUUAUGA